AUCUACCAGACGAUAAGGAAACCAAAAGAAAUAGCAAAACCAACUAGGCCAGCCAAAUUCCGUUAACUGACAGAACCGUGAACAAGCACCAGAUAAGCAAUAUGGAUCUUGUCCUUGAUGUGGCUGACCGCUUUGUACUGGACAGUGUCUACCCCACAGGGUGGGCAAGAGAUGACCCCUUGCGUCAGAUAAUAAGUCUUCUUCUUGUGGUCAACAUUGGAGGGCUCCUCAUCUACAUAAUCCCAGCCUCUCUGAGCUAUUAUUUUAUUUAUGACCACCGGCUUUUGAAACAUCCUCAAAUAUUGGAGAAUCAAGUAUGGAAGGAAAUCAAGUAUGCGCUGGGCUCCAUCCCUUACAUGAGUCUGCCGACGUGCUCCAUUUUUUUCCUGGAGCUACAGGGGUAUUCCAGGUUGUAUGACAAUGUGGAAGACAUGAAAUUAGGUUGGUUCUACUUACUAGGCAGUGUUGUGACAUUCAUCCUCUUCACAGACAUGUGCAUCUACUGGAUACAUCGCUUCCUUCACCACCGUCUAGUCUACAAAUAUAUUCACAAAGAUCAUCAUCGCUGGAAAGUCCCCACACCGUACGCCAGCCACGCCUUUCACCCUGCAGACGGCUUUCUACAGAGCUGCCCGUACCACAUCUACCCAUUCCUGUUCCCCCUGCAUAAAAUUUUGUAUCUGAUUUUAUUUGUUUUUGUAAAUAUAUGGACGGUGUCAAUUCACGAUGGUGACUUUCGUGUCCCAGAGAAGAUGAAGCCGUUUGUGAACGGUUCGGCACAUCAUAUGGAUCAUCAUGUUUUGUAUAAUUACAACUAUGGGCAGUUUUUCACACUGUGGGAUCGUCUUGGAGGAUCGUUCCGUGUGCCAAGCGCAUGGUCAAAUGAAGGACCCCUCUACGACAUCCUCAGACUGGAGAAGAAGGGUGCAAGUAAUGGAAAAAUGGAUUCUAAUGGCACCAAGAAAGAGAGUUAAAAUGAAAGCUUGUUUUGUUUGCAAAUAUAUCAGAUAGAUAAAUUUAAUGUAACAUUUUAACGUAACAUUUUACAGGAUAAAAGUAUUGUUGAAGUUUUCUGAAAGAAGACAGCAUCUUUGUGCUACCUCCAAUGUUUCUUUUUCGCUGUAGAAAAAUUGUUAAAGGACUUUGGUGCCUUUUGUCUGUGGGCACUAGAUUAGUUGAAAACUUAGCACAAACUUGCGUCUUUCCUGGUAGUUUUAUGAGUUACUGUAACAAUGUUCCAUUUUGUAAGCUCAGUAUUUGCAGUUAGAUGCAAGUGGCAUUUCUAUAACUUCAGUCCUGAGUUAAUUACUAGUAGUUUUAGGGUGUCCUGAACACAUUUGAACAGUCCCAUUCAUAUUUUUAGAUCUAAAUAUCAUGCAAAGCUUCGCCUACCUAUCUUUCACAAUCCAGACAUUAAAAUGGUCAAACCCUUUAAAUAAAGACUUUUUUGAUGUGAAAUUGCCUGCGAUUGUGAUGUGAUUUGGUCCACUUUGCCUUAGUGUCCAAAGAUAAUGAGUCCCGGAACAAAGUACUGAAGCAAGAUCAUAUCUCUCAAAUUCUGUACUUGAGGUAACACAAUUUUCCUCUUCUUAGAAUAGCAAGUUAACUUGCAAGAUAUAGAAAUGUAAAGCAUGAAUGUUUUAGUUAAAAAUGAAGUAAUAUGCAUUUCAGGAAGAGUUAGGAAUAGAUAUGGAAAAGACCUUUGCAGAGUUAAAAUAAUAUACAUUGCAGCGUACCCUACUCAUUUCAGAAACACUAGGUAGC